AUGUCAGAACGAAGAACUCGACGACAAGCUGCGAUGGCGGCAGCGAACGAGACGCCGACCAAGACCGAUACGAUAGACGAUGUCAACGGGAAUGCUGCCAUUCGAGCCUCACCCGCACCGUCAAGGACAAUCGCCGGCCCUGCCGAAAACAUAUUUCUAUUCUGGCCCAACGUAAUUGGAUAUUUCCGUAUCGUGCUAGCCAUUGCAUCCCUAUAUUACAUGCCGUUGCAUCCGCGGACAUGCUCCCUACUCUACAGCAUCUCCUGUCUACUCGAUGCCCUCGACGGAUACGCCGCGCGCUACUUCAACCAGUCGACGAGGUUCGGCGCCGUGUUGGACAUGGUCACCGACCGAUGUACCACGUCGUGCCUGCUUGUGUUCCUAUCGUCGGCGUUCCCAAGGUGGGCGAUUGUGUUUCAGGGCCUCAUCUCCUUGGACUUCGCGAGCCAUUAUAUCCACAUGUAUGCGACUCUAGCGAUGGGGGGCUCGGCAGAAAGCCACAAGAAUGUGGACAAGUCGCGAAGCUGGCUCCUCAACCUCUACUACACCAACAGGACCGUUCUAUUCGUCACAUGUGCCCUGAACGAACUUUUCUUCAUCGCGCUCUACCUCCUGUCCUUCUCCUCGCCUCUCCUAUCCCCACAGCUCCUGCAAAAGGUUGGCGAGUCGAAAGCCGCCGCCGCAAUCCAAGGCGGCGCACAGGUAAAUAGCUCUAUCAUCAGCCAGCUGUUCACGAAUCCCUAUAGCGCUGCGGCAUUGGAGAUGGCCCGAGCCAACAAAAUGGACUCGACAUGGCCUUGGAUCCUGGCCGGGGUUAGCGCUCCAGUCAUGAUCAUCAAGAAUGUACUCAAUGUUGUGCAACUCGUCAAGGCCAGCAAGUGGCUGGCAGAGGGCGAUGUCGAGGCGCGAAGGGUUGCGGCCAAGGCGAAAAGGGGGCGAAAGGGAAAAUAG